CCUCGCGGACAUGCCCACACAGCGCUCAGUGCUCCCGUAGCUAGCGACCGCCUGCACGCGUCUGACUGCUGUCACCUGCCUCUUCAGGACGAGCCGACAUCAUGCAUGCUAGAGUACUCUGCGCAGUGACGGUUACCUUUGCGCUGAUCGCAUCGGUAGCAGGCUACCCGGACGGUGCACCAGAUACGGCGUGCGAUAACUUGCAGCCGAAACACGGCACGAACGCGCAGACUAGCUCGCCGCCGUUCAGCAUUGACGUCGACUCCACAAGCUAUGCCGCAGACCAGAUGCUGGCUGUUACCGUGAGAGGUGGCCCUCGAUUUGAAGGACUGAUGUUGCAAGCACAAGACAGUAACAACGAUCCGGUUGGAUCAUUUACCUCGGUUCCGAACGGACUAAAGACUUUGCAAUGCGGCGGCACUACGGACACGGUGACACAGUCCUCAAAGUCUAGGAAAACGACAAAGACUGUUACGUUCAGGGCACCCUCCUCGGACGUCGGAAAUAUUAAAUUCGUUGCCACCGUGGUGCAGUCCUAUUCCAAAUACUGGAUGGUAGUGUCUGACUGCAUCUCUGGACCAAGCGGGACAUCAACAGGUUGCGGCGGAAGCAGCAACGGUGGCGGGGGUGGAGCCGACGGGCAAUCAAAUGUCGGGAAUGGUGAUGACGACGACGACGACGAUGAAGACGACAGUGACAGUGACAACAGUGACAUCGACAGUGACUCCGAUGAUGACUAAUAAUUCAUCGCCAUGACAACGUCCCAGCACAACGAAUACCUUUGUAUCGCAAAAUCGAAUCGUGCACCGAAAACGUAUCGAAGAAAAACAUACCCAGAAGUGAGGAAUAGAAUAUUGCGCAUAAUAACAAUGACAAGGGUAAAAAAAAUCGUAGUCGAAAAAAAAGUUGUUGUCAAUUUUUAUAUAGAGUACAUAGUUGUCAUUUGUGAUUGAUGUACACGAUUUGAUUUAUUAAUAAUUACGAGAGUUAUAUUGAAAGCAUGAUAUAACGCGGUUUAGCAUUUAGCGAUUAGAUUCUGUUGGGAAUAUUUCUUCUCCGUGUGAGAAUAUGCUGACUUUAAUGACGUCAACGUAAAAAUCUUUACACAAAUCCCAGAUUGUUUAGGCUCUAGCUGUCUAGUGAAUAAAAAUGGUGUUGGAUUUUGACAUUUCCGAAACGAGA